ACAGGAUCCUGGGCUCAUUCAACGAGAGGCUGCCCAGAGUGAUGGGCACCCUGUGUACAAACCCACAGGAGCAGGGUAACUCCACAAACAGUAAUGGCAGGGGCAAAAUGAGUUAAAGGAAGAGCCCCUCGGAGCUACCGAGUGCACUGCAGAUAAUCUGUUGUUUCCUCCACUGCCAUGCUCCAUACCCGGGCACUCUCUAGUUCUUCCUGAGAAAUAUGGGCUAGAUCCUUUGUGUCUGCUCCGCCUUUGUAAGAGCCCCUGGAUUUUGUGAGAGCUGGGGAAGGAAUGGUUGUGAACUCAACGCGAACAAGUGGAUUACAGCAUCCAGCUAUGCAAAUAGCUUCAGCGCACAGCACAUUUUGCUGAGCAUUAAUUGCUACACCAGGACUGUUGCGUAGCAACAGCAGCAUUUGUACAGCUGACAACUACUGCCCCUGAAUGGCUCUGCCACCCUCAGUGACACAUUGGAAAGAAGGGGGCUGUCCCCGGGAAAGCUAGUGGGUGCUAAGAGCCCCUGUGUCAGGCCAGGGACUCGACGAGGGCUACCCAGUGUACACGUGAAAUUGUGUUCGCAGCAGUGGAACUGGAGCCGCGUGUGUGGCUGGGACAUAGGGCGAGGCAGGGAUUGAGGUGGUGCAGACCAGUAACCUAGUGGAGUAUGCGCGAGAAGGGGUCAUUACAAUAUCUAGUUACAGCUCAGCAUGAGUGGCUUCAAAGCUGGAAUGACUGGCAGCAAGGACCUGCGCAUCACAGGUACUGCUGUCACUUUCUGAGCUGAGACUAGUAAUCCUAGUGCUGGGGCAGUCCUGCCCCCACGGAGUAAAUCUCUCUGAAGAUCCCCUUGUUGAGUUCCUGACCAGCUGGCUGGGGCCUGUCCCCAAACAUAGGUGAUCCUCACAGAUCCACAUGAAGCUCCCGUGUUCCCAGCAGAUACUCAGUCCCCCUGUACGCUGGUAGCAGAACUGCGUUAGCAGGGACUCUCCCUGGCCAUAGCUUCUCCGCCCUGAAAGGGGGAUAGAUUCUUUGUUUCAGAGUAGCAGCCGUGUUAGUCUGUAUCCGCAAAAAGAACAGGAGUACUUGUGGCACCUUAGAGACUAACAAAUGUAUUAGAGCAUAAGCUUUCGUGGGCUACAGCCCCCUGAGCUCCAUCCUCAGGGAAAGGGACAAGUGGGGAAAGAGACUGGAAAGAAGGUCAUAGAGGUCAAGGACAACAGGAACCAUUAGAUCAUCUAAUCUGACCUCCUGUAUAACACAGGCCAUUAUAGUCCGCCUCCUUCCCCUUGUGUUAAGCCCAUUAACUUGUUGGGCUAGUGCAUGUCUUCCAGAGAGUCAUCAGUCUGGGUCUGAAGCCACCAAGAGGUGGAGAAUCUGCCACUUCCCUCGGGAGUUCAUUCCACUGUUCAAAAUGUGGAUUCUUAAUUGUGCUGGGCUCCAGCUUCCAGCCUCUGUCUCUUGUUCUGCCUUUCUCUGCUAGAUGAAAGAGCCCUCGAAUACCCCCAGGACGGUAUUUAUACACCCCUCCCUCUUCUUUUUUAUAAACUAAGCAGGUGAAUGAUUUCUAGGCAGUAAUCUACAUCAUCUGUAGGGACACUGCCUAAAGGACACUGGGUGCCUUAAUGAGCCCCCCAAACACUAUUUAUCCCAAAGCGGCCCACAUGCCCAGUUGUUCCUUGCACCAUCACGGUUCACAGUACUGCCAAAACAGAGACAAAUUGAUGAGGAAUGCUACUGAGAGCCGCUGUCCCCAGUAGACCUGAGAAUGGAAGCAAGUAGCAGCCUGCAACUCAUCUGCACCAUAACACCUAUAACCCUACACUCAGCACUGAAAACUAGAGGGGAACCCAAACGCCCAAGCGAUCCUGAUAGAUGUGCUCUGAGGAAGAGAAGAAUGUUACUGCAGUGAGGAUACAGCGGAGACAAUAGCAAUAGAUCCUAACAAUCAGCCGAAGUCUCCCCUGGAAAAGUUUAUGGUCAGACUGUGUACACAUCACCAGAAGCAAUUCAUUCGUGUGCUAAACGACAUAUACACGGAAGCACAGCCAGGCUGCGAGGGCCGGCCGUUACCUGAAUCUGAAAACAUGGAUGCAGCCACUUGCAGCUCUGGUUGUAGCCAGCAAAGCACUGAAAAUUGGAAGAAGUCUGCUCCCUGUUCUGAAUUGAAGCCCCUAACUUCCUCAGACUCAGACAGAGACCCAGUGGGUCUUCAUAGCCCUCUGCGUGCUGCAGGACAACCCUUGGAGCAUCAUGCAGAGGUGAAAUCCAUGGACAGGAUGGAGAAUUUCAGUACUGCUUUCAAAAGAGACUUCUCUGAACUCUCCAUUACUAGAAGUAGUUCUGUUAGUCCAAAGGAUAGUUCCACCCAAGGAUACCUCACCACUUCGAACUCUUCCUUACUCCACUUCCAUCCUGGCACCAGGAGCCCGGAAGGACAAACCACUGGACAGGAGCAAGAGGCUGGUGUCAGAAAGUGUGAGGAUGACAAAGACCAGAUCCAAGGCAAGACCUUAGCAGACAGCUACAUUGCUGUAAAAGUGGCCCAUGUGAACGGCAGUGAGGACAGCUCAGACAGCUGCCUGGGGUCUCAGAAGAACUCUUUCAAAGCUUUACCAGAAGAGGGUUGGGAUUCAGGGUUUCCAGUGAACUCGCCUAGAAGAGCUGACAAAGAGAACGCUUUACAGUGCAGCUCCAAAGCAUCUUUGCACCAGGAUUUAGAAACAAACGAAGAAGAUGCAAGACCAAAGCAAGAAAACCAUCUCCAUGCCCUGGGAAAGACUAAGGGGGGCUACCACACCCAUCCUGGCGACAAGAAUCCAUGUGAGCAUUCCAAAGACGGAUGGGUGGCCUCUGCGCCAGUGCCAGUGAUACACAAAGCCUCCAGUGGGCGCUCAAGAGCGAAGACAGGGUCCUCAUCCGUCAAAACAGCUCGGAAGAAUAAACGGGCAUCGGGACUGAGAAUAAAUGACUAUGACAACCAGUGUGACGUUGUCUAUAUCAGCCAGCCAAUAACUGAAUGCCACCUGGAGAGCCAGCGGUCAGUGUCCCGGAGGACAGCUCGGAAGAGCACCCGCGGGUAUUAUUUCAACGGCGAGUGCUGUGAGCUGCCCACUGUCCGCACGCUGGUGAAAAGCUCCCGAGUGGGGGAGAGAGGAAACGGUCCAGCACGGAGGACGGAAGCAUUACUGAGCGCUAAGCAGAGCCCGGCGCUCUCUGGGGGCGAGCCUUCGGAGGCAGCCCAAGCUGUGGGGAAAGAGGCUGACAAAAGAGCGUCCCUCAGGCUCCUGUCCAAAGGGGCUCCCCCCAGCAGAGAAGCCAACGAGAGAGCAGAAAAGGAGCCCAGCGAGGGCGGCUUGCUGAAGUCAAGAGAAGCUGCUCGCACUGAGCCACUGCUGGCUCUGUCUGCUCCCCCCUGCCCUGACAAUGCACCAGAAGGCGGCUUGGCCACCAUGCAGCCUCUAGCCAUCGGCCCCUCUGCCGCUGAAGGAAGCGAGGAGAGGAUGUGCCAGCCGCUGGAAGAGGCAGAGGCAAAUGUUCUCCAGCAAGCUAGCAGCGGUGCUGACCUCGCUGGGGACUGUGGGCCCACAGAAGACAGCAGCAGGGAGGCUACAGAUUCGACAGCUCUUUCUCCACCAGAAGCUGCUAGUAGGGAGAAAGGUUCUCCAUGCUCAGAAAUACAAGCUGUUCCGGCGCCUCCUGCCGGCCUGGACCCAACUCCUCCUUUGCAGCUCCCCACCACCAUGGACCUAGUGCUUCCUACCAGUGCAGACCUGGUGCUCCAUGCAGAGCCUCCUGCCAGCAUGGACCCUGAGCCGCCUGCUGGAGUAGACCUGGAGCUGGCUGGGGCACUUCCUGGAGAGCCCCCAACUAGUACAGACCUCGAGCUUCCUGCCAUGACCCCUGCCAGCAUGGACCCGGAGACUCCCAUGCAGCCCCCUGCGAGUUUGGAGGCCGAGCCCCUUGCUAGCUUGCAGUCUGCCGAUGUGACCGAAAGCGUUCCUGCUGACCCAGAAGCUGACAUAAGGGAGGUGUGGGAAGGCCCACCUGAGCCAGGGGAGGCCAUGCCGACUCUCGCAGAACUCAGUGGAAUCUUGGCAGGCAAGACUGCCCCAGAGAGCAGCAGGCUGGGUGAGAGAGAGAACGGCGAUGGUGAAAUGCCACCAGGACCUGACACUUUAGAAACGGAUGGUAAAGGGACCGUCUUGUCCAAAGAAAACCCAGAGAAGAAGCAAAAGAAAGGCAGGAGAGCGCUCGUAGCAUCAGACCGGCGUCUCCGCAGCCAGCAAUCCCAGCCACCCACGGAAGGCAGUGCUGAAAAGUCUGGUUCUUCCACCUCUCUGCAGCUUCCCUGUCUUCAGAUUAAGCUUUCUAAAAGUCCCGGUGCAAAGCGGUUUAGGAGGGAGGUGCACCUUGAUGGAGCAGCAUCCGUGUGCUUCCCAAAGGAUUGCUUCCACAAAACACUGCUGAAGAACAUCCAGGGUCCAGGCACCGGGAGUGCCCUUGAGAGAGAGCCCGUGCAGCGGGGAGGAGACGAAAAUGGCAUUACUACUAGGCAAACCUAUAAAAGCAUGUUGGCAAAAGAGGGUGCAGCGGAGAGAGAAGGGUCAUCGAAAGAUGGCCCCCCUGCUAAAGCCAGCCAUAGUAAGUCAGGGGAGAUGCUUGAGAUCUGUGUAGAGGCUAAUUCUGAUAAGAGAAGUGUUCUCCUUCCUAGGGAAAGUGGAACAAGUGUACAGGACGCAGAGCAAUCGGAUGAGAAACCAGGUGAUGUGGAGAACCCAGACAAUGCUGUAGAUGCUGGAAAGGUACAGUAUAAAGAUCUGACUGAUUCGCCUACAGGUCCCAGUAGUAAAAGUGGAAGCAAACACGUCCCAUCCAAGUCUUGGAAGCAUAAAAAGUUGGCCCUCCCAGUUUACAACUUGAGACACACCCCUACACCUGUGGACACUGCAAAAAAGAAUCUUCCAGGGAAGGAAGUUCUGCAAGCCAAUCCAAACCAGAAGGAAGAACACAGUUCAGGGAACAAAGACACCAUAGAUUUGAAGGAGGUGGACACAGUGGCUGAGGACAAACCAAAGUUUGUGGAGUGGUGUGCUGAGGAAGAGAAUCAGGAACUUAUUGCUGACUUUAAUGCCCAGUAUAUGAAAGUUCAGAAAGGCUGGAUUCAGUUGGAAAAAGAAGCACAGCCAGCCCCCAAAGUAAAGAACAAAGCUGACAAGCUGAAGGAGAUUUGGAAAAGCAAGAAAAGAACCCGGAAAUGUAGAGCGUCUCUCGAAGUUCAGAAGCUUUCCCCUGUCCAGAUGCUGUUUAUGAAGGCCUUCAAGUUAUCCAACAUUUGCCGUUGGUUCUUGGAGACAACUGAAACCAGGUCACUAGUCAUUGUGAAGAAACUCAAUACCCGUCUCCCAGGAGAUGUCCCCCCCAUCAAGAUCCCUCUGCAGAAGUAUUGUUCUUCCAGCCUGUAUCCCAGCUCAGUGCAAGCUGAACGCUUGAAAAAACACCUCAAGAAAUUUGCUGCAACUACCCCUGCUAAAAAUAACUUGAAGAAUCAAAAGUUAUGGGCCAGGCUUCGGGAGAACGCCGACAGUACGGAGCCCGGGGAAGCCGCCAGUCCCAACCAGACGUCUCCUUGUGAGGCUAGCUCAGAAGAAGCUGGUGAAGACAGAAACAUGCAGCCCCCUCCAAGUCUGCCAACGCAGGCCAGCACUAGGAUUCUGCGGAAAUACUCCAAUCUGAGGGGCAAACUGCGAGCCCAGCACCGCCUGGCAAAGAAUGAAAGAAAGGGGGAGAGUGCAGCUGAUCAUCCCUCAGUGGAAAGUAAGCAGAGCCGGAAGAGCGUCUGCAUCAACCCGCUGAUGUCUCCAAAGCUGGCCUUGCAGGUCAAAGCCGAUGUGUUUCCUGCGAAGUCCGUGCGAGCGGAAGCAGCAGUGAAGGGAAGAAAAGGGAAAAGCAGGUCCCAGGAGGACUCCUUGCCCAGAGCUGACCCUCAGCCAGGCAGAAAGAAGAGAACACUGCGGGAGAGCAGCACUGUGCCAGAGCCGUCUCGCUCCUCCAGUACAGACAGGCUGCCAGCUAAGAAGGGCAGCAAAGGAAAACAUUCCGAGGUUCCCCCGAAAGCGCCUGCUACCAGAAAGCAGGCUGUCAUGGAAAGAAGCAGUAAGCUCGAGAAAAAGGUGUCUUCGAAAGAGAAGAGAGUCCCGAAAAGGCACCUUGGCAAAGGCAGACUCCCCCUCCCGAAAGUCAAAGAGAACCCUGCCCAAAGAGCCGCACCCCCGCCCAGCCGGGACGGGCUCACCAAAUCUGCGAAGCCGAAACCCGCGGGGGAGCCCUCUACCAGGUCACAGAAAGCAGCCGACAAGAAGCCUAGCAGUGGGAAAACUCUGACCAGGUCUAUGAAGAAAAUUCAAGAGAGCAGCACGUCCCAGGGCAAGAGAAAGUUAAGGGCAAAAGUUGACUGUUCACACAGCAAGCGAACACGACUGGAUGCAAAAUAACAAAGAAUGGUAGCCAUGUAAAAACUGUUGUAUAGUAGUAACCCUUGAUCAUGCAUUAACUGAAGCUGCUUUUCUAAGCUGUAGCAAGCCUUUCAAAAUCCGCAGUUAAAGGAUUACACCCGGGAUUCUAGGCAUCGGAAGGUGUGUCUCGGACAGAGAGGAGAGCUGUCUGUCUCUGCUGUUGAGGGAAGUUACUGCAAUUUGAACGUUCCUUGGGUUUUAAGCUUGGAACCAGGCAGUUUUAGUUAAAAGUACAGUGCCUUAUUUAUCAUUUUUAAACCAAUAAGUAACAAAGCUAGUCUGUGUGAUUUAAAGGCUUGCAUUUUAUACUUGAUGCACAAGCACUUGUACUGUAGCAGAAAGGAAACCACCUUCAUGCACAUAAAGUAGCUUUCAGCAGCCUUUUGAGGGGCGUUCCCCCUUUGCAUUAAACAUCCGGACUGUGUGUUUGUGAGUGACAUGGGAAGCAAAACCAAAAGCAUUUUUCUUGUAGGCAGAGAAGGAAGGGGUCAUUGGUCAUUACUCCGUUCAUUAGCAGCAGGUGGUGGGCAGGUAACUGUUAAAGAUAUGAAUUGUUGGCCACUUGCGUGUCAUUUCUGGUCUUUAGGGUUAGACAGCUAUUUCUACUCUCCUGCUUCUUAAGCCUUGAGGUAGCGUGGUCUGAUCCAAACCGACGUGGCAAAGGGGUUACUGCUUGGGCUAUUGGCGCUAGUUCUGUAGCAUCUACAGCUGUUUGCAGGCACAGCGGGCUAGGUUCAUCCUUGGGGAUGUCCAGUACGUCAGGGAUGAAUUGGUCCCACUGUGCCUUACUGUUGGGCAGAACGCCCUCUCCAAUCAGCCUUUUGUUCAUAGCACCUGGAUCCAUGUGGAUUUCUGCUUUCUCGGACAGUAGCUUUUCACUAAUAAUCGGGUAUCUUCCUUCCUGUGAAAAGCCAGGGCAGAUUUCCACUCGUUAUUUAGUCAGUCUGUGUGAAAGGGAAAUGUGUAGCCUCCCCACGUUGUCUUCUCCCCCCCCUCCCCCCCCCUGCACAGAACACCUGUAUUUUAAGGCAAAAUUCUUAAUGUCGUCUUUGAAUAAUGCUGAGAUCUAAAGUAUCUGAUUCUUUUUUUAUUAACUUCAAUCUCAUUUUAAAAUAAAGUGAAGCUGUUUUGGUUCCUGCCAGUGUUGUGGUGUGCUGUAGAGUCUAGGAUCGGGUAGUUCUCCUCAUCGUCAGAACAGCCCAGGCAGUUUGUACACCCCGCCUUGAACUGGCUUGCAAACAUAUCCUUGAAGGUCUAAUCAACACAAACCAUGCACUGCUUAAAGGUCAAGCAAUAGUUUCCAAUGGAGAAACACGAAGAGUAACAGUGAUACACACAGGGAAACCUGUUAGAAAUGCACAUAAUCAUAUUCCCAUAGCAGACAUUGGCGGUGGAGCUAAUUGGGGUGGGGGUGGGGAGUUUUAUAUUGAAAUUUUCCACCCGCCCCUUGUGUAAGCAGUUGUAAGAUGAUGGCGUCAGCUCCCGCUCUGUGCCUAAGUUGAAAAGAUCAAGGCCAGCCAUUUUAUUUCAAAAGCUCCACUUCCAGCGGGUACAAAAGAAGGGCUGUUUGCACAAGUUUCUAAGCAAACUUCCUUCCAUUCACUAGGUUCAACACCUGAAAUCUGAUUGUGAAGGUUCUGAAAUCUCCUGACCUUUGGAGAAUAGCUUCCAGCCGCCAUUGUCCUAGGGAGAUCUGAAUAUACAUGCAUAUCUUUGUUAUAAUAGCCAGCUUAAACUAGGCUCUCCCCUCCGAGAGCUUUACUAUCUGCAGAGAGAGAGCAUGCCUUUUGGGGCGUGGCGAGGGCUGCCUUGCAGAGGAAUUGAUUUUCACGGUUAGUGUUAAACCUCAGAUACCAAAGCUCAUUAUUGGAGGCAGAAAGUGGAUAAUUAAUUGUCUUCAAUCUCUUGCUGGAUCCAUUUAGCACAGGGGAGACUCCACAGCACUCUUCCCAGUGCAGUAGUUAGCUCCCCGUGUUUCGGAGAGUGCCGUAUGCUGGGACGGGCGGGCACCCGCCCUGGGGGAGCUUCAGCCAGAGCCCAGGGCCGGGGGACUUGGAAAUCACUGAUUUGUAAAGAGCUGUUAUUUUUUUAAUCAUGCUGAAUAAAGUAAAUGCUGGACAGUUAUUUUGUGGUUGCCAGGCCUGCCAGCCCUGUACAGGUUAAUAUGAAGUUCUCUAUUACUUUAAUUUGACUGUGCAUUAAAUAUGGCCGGCAUUCCGACAGAACAGAUCUAAAGGCAUUUAAGGAGAGGAACAGGAAAAGCUGUAUCUUUUUUUUUUAAUUCUGAUCUAGAAUAUUCUUGUUUCCUGUAGCCUGGGCUGCUUUCGUAAAGAAAUAGUGAGUGUGUGUGCGUGUGUGUGCGCACGUGUGCGAGGACCUUUUGAUGUCUCUGAAUGGUGCCGCUAUCCCAACUUCAUGCCAAUAAAACCUUGACCCCACCCCCCCAUCAUUUUUCUUGUGUAUGCCAGCGUGGAAAGGAAAGCUGUUGGGUUUCGGGGAGGGGGGGGGGUUAGAAUUUCAAAGCUUUCUCCUAGAACUGUUUGUCCUUCCCAACCUGCAAGGAACCAGGGGCUAUUUUAACGUCCAGCUUCAGGCUGGGGAAUGACGGAAUACCCAGGAGCUGAACUCGCACGUCUGGGCAGCAGUGCUGCCGAUUGCCUGUUGGGUCUCCAAGGCUAGUGCACACGACAGGUGGGCUCUAGGGCCUGGCUCUAGCACUGACGGUUCCUGCAGUAGCUCGUCGCUGGGUCAGGUCAGCGCCCUGUCUGCCGAGCCUUUGGUGCUAGCAUCCCUUUCUCUGGACGAAGGACACAUUUGCACAGCAGACUCUUGGGGGCGCUGCUUGACGUCACCCAGGGGCUGGCCACGUUCCUCGUGGCACGUCUGGAUUAGAGUCUGACUGGGGUGAGAGAAUGGCCAGUGUGCCCAUCCUGGGAAUGGGGCAGCCAUGCCCACCUGCCAGUGGUGCCCAGCUAGGACACAGUCACUGGAAACAGGGGAGACUCUCUUCCCAGGAGGCUACAUUAAGAAAAGAAAAGAAAAUCUUCCUGUCUCCCCUGCAGGCCCCCACCUGUGUCCUUUCACUUCCCCCUCUCAUGAGGGGGGUGGGGGGGUAGGUUUGUGUGUGUGUGUUCACUGCUGAGAGGUCAGAGCACGAAGCCCUGCCAGAGAACACAGUACUCAGCCGUGCAUCGCCGGGCAGGGCGCAUUGCUGCGGUGGGCAGCCGGGUCAGACACACAGCUCAGCGCAGGCUAGGAGUACGGGGGUUUGGCAUGUGUGUCCAAUCAGCUCCUAGAGCUCGAGCCUGUGUCGGAAGGCGUUACAGGAAAUGUUGGUGUCCCCCAGUAGCUGUGAAGUGCUCAAAGGAGAGGCCCGAUCCAGCGCCCAGGGAUGGCAGGGGAAAGACACCCAGUGCUUUUCAUGGGAGCUGGGUGGAGCAGGAGUUGUACAUAUGGUUUUGAAUGCGGGAGUGUCUGGCUCUAGCCUAGAGAGACAGUGUAGGGGAAGGGAGGGGAGGGCUAGUGGACGGGGUGGGUGGGUGAGUGAGUGAGUACACACCUUUGUGUCUGUAGAAAUCAGGGGAGAGGAUGCAAAAGGAAUUUCAGGUCUUUCCGCUGCAAAGCAAACCCUAUUUAUUUAUUUAUUGAUGUGUGCGUGAGCCUGGGUCAAAGCUCUGCGGAUAGUCAGUGAGACGUGGACCCGGGCAGGCUGCUGUGCCGUGAGCGUUGCCCUGGGCGGCUGGCGGGGCCCAGGACUGGUCCACGCCUUCGGGGAAGGGCCCGUAUUGAUGUCACCUUCCUGGUGCCUUUCCUAUGGAAGCUCCCGUCCCCGGGCCAGUCAGGGCCCGCAGCUGGCUUUCUCGCUGCUUUAACCCUACACACGCUGCCCUCGUUUGAGGGGCAUGGGGACGACGUUACCAUUUGCCGCAGCCGCCCCACGCUGGUUCAUUUGGAAGCUUUCGCUCGUUUGGGUAACCUCAGUGCUGACUGUGUGUGUGAGAAUAUAAACCCUCCCACUCAGAGCAAGAGCUGCUGUCCCGUCCCCCCGUCCCCCUCAACAGCUAGUGUUCGCCCCCAGCCCCUGCUCGCUCUCUCCCAGCACAUGUGCAGCGCGAGCUCCCGCUCUGGCUCUCUCUGGUGCCGUGUGACUGGAGCAGCCCCUUCGCCCUCUCCGCUCUCACCCAGCUCAAAGGGCAGGAGCUGGUUUGCUGACUCAGCACACCUCCUAAGCUGUCCCUCUUGGCCCUGGCCGGGGACGCUGGAGGGGCUAGCCCCACGGACACAGCUGGGCAUUGAAACUCAAGGUGUCUGCGGAGCGGGUGCCUGGAGCAGCCCCAGUCUUGUGGAAGGGAAGGCCAGCGAAACCCUGGGCGUUCUCUGCCAACACACCCAGGGCCUGAUGACUGGGAUGGGUUACGGGGGGGGAACCGGGCCUGCAGGAAGAGGCCAUAACAGGGCUACAGGCCACCCAACGCUGUGGACCCUUCAAUCAUGGCCUACCUGCCAAAUGCAAGCAGUUAGCCUUUGGGCGAGACAGCAGCAUCCCCUUGCUGGUCCCUGAGCUGCAGACAGGCCUCUUAACCGGCACGGGCGCUGUCCACAUGGGCUGUGUGGGCUCUUGGGGCAUGGACACCCGCAAGGCCUUCUCUGUCCCAUUGCCAUGGACUCCAGCUACGGCUCAGUGCUCUGGGGAGAGACGCUCCCCAUCCACCUCUCCUGCGUCACUACAUUACACCUGUAGCCGCCACCGCUUCCAAAGUGCAGGGUGGAGCUCGGCGGGCACCGGGCUCUGGCUUUCCUUGCUGAUUCUGGGGAAGGGACGAAUUAGAAGCUGCAGGGUCUGUUUUAUCCUGUGGGGCAGAGCUGUGUGGGCAGCCAGACCUCCGGUGUUAGACCCCUCCUUCCCGCCCCCCGUCAGCCAUCUUUGCAUCACACUGUUCCUCAUCUGCCCUCGGCUGUGGGCUGGAGAUCCGACGUGCACCCAGGUGAUACUGUACAAACCUGUCUGGUAAUUAUGUACAGAUGCUACUCCUGUGCGCAGCCUGACUGCACAUGGGUGGGCUGGCAGUGAGCCUUCUGGGGCCACCAGCUCCAAAUUCCUGCAGCAUUCACAGAAUGAAGACACCAGGAGGCUGGAGCGGAUGGUAGUUGAUGGAUGAUGAUAAGCAGUGUGUUUUACUGCCUUCGUUCCAGGCCUGGCCUGCGGCUCUGCGCUCUCGUCUCGCAUCUGCUGUAACGCCACUCUCGGCCUGCUCUCCCGUCUUCCCCAAACCCACCGUCCGGCCUGGGCAGAGGGACAUGUCACCCCCAUCUUCAAACACCUGACUCUCCUGAGGUCGGGAUCCAUCCUUCCAUUGCCAUCCUGGGGUUCACCAACAAACACCCCAGACCUUCUCCUGGACCUUUCCUGUCAGUCUAGCCCAGGCCUCCCUCACUUUCCAGCUCCCUUCAGCUAACUAAAUACUUCUCUGCAACCCCAUCCAGCUGCAACAGCCUCCCGGGAUGUUUCCACCACAUCGACUGGCCAGUUUUGGUCAAAUCUCUUCUCGGGCUAGCCCUCCCAUGGUUCUCCCUUUCCAAUGGGGUUCAGUUCCUUCACCCUGCAGCGUCUUUAGUCCCACUGCAUCUGUAACGUAGCGUCUCGCAGGUAACUCUGUGAGUGGCUCGGUUUGCGGCGUGUGCGCCGUGUGUGACAUGCACUGGGCUGAAUUCAAGUGAGAUUUGUCCUGUAUGUUUACAUCAGACCCGAAAGCGCAGCCGAAGCUCGGAACUGCUCCCAAGAGCGGCUCCAAGCUGGGUGACGGUCCCUGGCAGGGAGUUUCUCUCCUGGCGGGGGUGAACGCCCCUCCCCCCCACCCUCGUACCCACCACUCUAAGGUAGAGAGCGGUGUUGCUCUGUUCGACACCUCCCCCCAAGCUGCGGCGGUAGCACGGAUUUACCAGGAAGUUUGGGGGCCAGUCGUGUGUUAACUGUUAGGAACAAACUUUCCCAACCACUGUUUUGUCCUGGAAACCCCCAGCGGGAAAAUCUUUUCCUGCUGUUCCCUGGCUGUUAAACGUUCACUGGGAUGGAGAUUGUCUUCGGCCCCCAAGUAGCUUUGCACCCGUGGCAGGUGAACAAGGCCACAGACCUGCCCAAAUUUCAGCUCUUUGUCCCAGUAGAUUGAACGACUGGGAUUACUGUCCGUUCUGAGCGCUUGCCUCGGACAAGCUGAGAGCUCUGUCGCCACCACUAGGCGGAGCUGUGGGGAAUUAAAACAAUCGGAAAAGGACGGGACCUCAUUUGUGCUGAGCUGUUUUUAUCCCUGGUAGUGCAAGGGCCGUUCCCCGCCCCCAGUGACGCGUCACGCGCUCCCCUAACGGAGCCAGUCCCACAUGGGGCCAGGUCAUGAAAACCGAGGCAGAGAAUGGGUCACUGCCCCAUUGAGUUACAUCCCCUCCCAGUCUGAACGUGCCAGCCCGACUUACUGAUUGCGUCGGCGUGUGUACACGCUCACACCUGCCUGUCCAAAAUGGGCUGGAUCCAGCUGCCUUCGAUGCCAGCGUGUCCGCACACCGCACCCCCGAACGCAGGCGUCUGCACACCCGAAUGCAGGUGUCCGCACACCCGAACGCAGGCGUCCGCACACCCGCACACAGGCGUCCACACACCACACUCCCGAACGCAGGCGUCCACACACCCGCACGCAGGCGUCCAUACACCGCACCCCUUAACGCAGGCGUCUGCACACAGUACACCCGAACACAGGUGUCCGCACACCGCACCCCCGAACACAGGCAUCCGCACACCUGAACACAGGUGUCUGCACACAGUACACCCGAACACAGGUGUCUGCACACCCAAACGCAGGUGUCCACACACAGCACACUGGAACACAGGUGUCCGCACACCGCACCCCCGAACGCAGCCGUCUGCACACCGCACACCCGAACACAGGCAUCCGCACACAGCACCCCUGAAUGCAGGUAUCCACACACAGCACACCGGAACACAGGUGUCUGCACACCCAAACGCAGGUGUCCGCACACCGCACCCCCAAACACAGGCGUCCACACACCGCACCCCCGAACACAGGCGUCAGCACACCCAAACGCAGGUAUCUGCACACCGCACCCCCGAACGCAGGCGUCCGCACACCGCACCCCUGAACGCAGGCGUCCGCACACCCAAACACAGGUGUCUGCACACCGCACCCCUGAACACAGGCGUCCGCACACCCGAACGCAGGUGUCCGCGCACCUGAAGGCGGGUGACCGCACACCCGAGCACAGGCAGGGCCUCCCGGAGGCUGAACGUGCGGGUCUGUAGAAAGUCCUGGGUUUGUGCAGCUCGGAGCUCUGCAAACCAGGGACGGUUAGCUGGGCCCCGCCCCUUUGCUCAUCAUGGUGUCCCUGUGCUGCUCGUAGGCUUCCCUUUGCUGAGCCUUUAGCAUGGGGUUGUGCCAUGAGUCACCUGGGCUAAGGUGUUCUCAGGAGCCGUAAUCUGCAUUGUGAUCAUUCCUUGGCUUGGAAGAACUCAUGGUCUCCCCCUCCUCGCCAUAUUGGGCUUACCCUCAUCAAGAGCACGUCCGUCGCCUUCCCUUUAGGAUGGGGGGCAGGCAGGGUGUUGGGUGUCUCUCUGGACACGUUGGCAGCUUCCAGGCCUGGCAUUCCGAAAACUUGAGUGGCAAGGUUUUGAUGGCCUCUGUUGACCUUUCAGCACAUGUGGUCCCUCUAGUUGUGGUUGGUUUUUAAGUGUCUGUGUGUAAGAGUACCUCUCGCUGUAUGAAUGACGGUGCUGGGGAAGGGAGCCAGGGCCUAGCCGUUGAAAUGCGGCAUUUCCUCCCACUUGGCGGUCACAAAAACUAGGCUUGUAAAUAGUUUUUCUAUUUAUUUUGUGUACUUUCUGCAGCUCCGUGUGCCGAGUGCCGGUGGGUGGCCGCGUUGGGCCAUUGCCUCACAUUGGACACAGAUCAAGGCAAGCACCAGUCCAGUGUCCUGUUCUGGUGGGAUGAUUUUUUUUAAUGACGCAACAUUAAAAAGUCGAAGCAUUAAAUAUUUUUCUUCAUCUCAUCUUCUUAAAGCUGGUCGUAGCCGGUCGGCAGGACCUGGUUGCCUCGCGUGGCCGGCUGGGCUCUGCACUCUGUUGGCCCUGGCACCAUAAGCAAUAAGAUUCGUAGGAAUAAGUUCAAAGUCAGUAAAACCAUGGACUGUGGAGGGGGUGGGGAAUCUCGCUGCAGAUUGGUUUGCCUUUGCACGGGGACCUGGUAGCUUAGAACUACCCUUUAUGGUUCUGUGUGCUCUCGGGUCUCCUUAUGACAGGAAAUCACGGACCUGAUGGCAGGGCUGGACCCGACACCGGCUGGGGGAGUCUGGGGAGGAAAGAUGUCAACGGGCUUGUAUUCCAGUGGGCAUCUGACUGGGGCAAAACCCCUGAUUAUUUUAGGAAUCCCCUGAAAUGGCCAGGAUGGACCAAGCUACUUAUUAGCCUGUUGCAACUUAGGACCUUUUAACUAAUGUCCCGAUCUUGUGUCUGCUCUUCUGGUUGUGGAAAACGUAAUUCCACAGGCACAGAGGAGGGGACCUACCCGCCGCGUUCUUGUGUUGUGCAGAUGUUCUUAAGGCAUUUAGCCAGACUUCCUCGUGACCUACCCAGACGGCUCCCAAACGCUCCCUGGCUCUUUGCUAAUGGCUUUCUAGGAUUUGGUUCUAGGGUUUUUGUAUUUAUAAAUGUGUUUAGAAUUUUUUUCACUCUUUUUGUUCUUGAUGUAUGUCUUGGUUCUAGCCCUCAGGCAGAGGAAACCUAGCCCCCAAGCUGUCUACACUGGAGCAUAUGAGUUAGGUUGGAUCGUCUCGUGCUUCUAGUCAUUUAACUUAUGAAAGCUCCCAAGCUUUUGUUUCCUGGUCACAUAGGACUCUCCCCUGCCCCCUGCAAACUUCCUCCUUUGGGACAUUGUAGAAACCAGUAAUUUUCGCUUUUAAAGUGUUUGUCAACUUUGAAAUGGUAGUUCCUUUUUAAUAACAAAAAUGUUUUUCUGCAUCUACAUCUGCUGCCCUUGUAGAACUUUGUAGUUUCCUCAUGACCCUGAUAUGAGAAGCCCAGGACCAUACAAGUCCCCUGCCACCCCGUCUGGUACUGUAUGUAUGAGCCUAACCAAUGUGAACUUUAGAAAAGAGCUAUGAGGACUGUAGGCUGGUGACCGUAGAGGUUUGAGGAUCUGGCUUGGAUCUGCAUUUCCGUUCUGUUCUGGGUAUUAGGAAAUACUUCAGUGAGACUGGAGAAAAUGAAAUGUCUGCUGUGAAUUGCGGGUCGGAGUGUUGAACAAGGUUUUCAUUCGCUCAUGUUUACAUACCUCACCUGAAGGACCUUGGAAAGUGUAUAUAACAAAAUACAAUUCUAUUGAGUUGCUUUAAAACAAUACGUGUAACUGUAAGAGUUGGAGUGAGCUGAACUGUCUCAAGUCUCUGAAUAGUGACGUGAACUCUGUGCUCCUGUGUUUUAUUUCCUGUUAGACUCUGGGAGAAGUUGUGUUCUUGUUACUGGUUAAACUCCUUCAGGAUUCCCACCACCUUGUUUUCUUUUAUUCCUUAGACGUUGUUGAUAACGACCCAACGAGCUUUCUAAAGGUCCUGAUUUUAUUGCAGCUUAUUAAACUUCCCUUUGAUAUCGAA